GAUGCAAUCAGUGUUAGCGAGAAUACUCAACAAAUCGCAUUUUUUUCGCCCGUCAGCCGCAUUAAAAAUAAAAAACUGUGACGCGAAUAUUUAAGCAGGCAGUAAAAAUAAGUAAAAAUAGUUUCGAGAGCAUUUCGAGCAUUUAUAAACGUUUAAUUGCCUUAUCGAUUGACUGGCGUGUCGCGUGGCAACUCUGAACUGUACCUUUGAUACAGAUAAAAAACUAUUGACUAUUGAACCGUCUAUCUAUAAUCGAGAAAUUGCGCGCUAAUUCCUGCAUUGGCCUGCAAUCGUAGUCGAUCGAAUCCAAAUCAAAACAAACAUCCUAAUCCCCCCGUGAAACGGAGAUGAGUGAAGAGGUAUCAGCGUCGCCGGUGGCCCUUGGCGAGCUCAAGUAUGAGGAUGUAUCGCAGCUGAACUUCUCCAAACUGUACUCGCCCAAGAUGAAGAGCGUUUAUUGGCGCUACUUCGGUUUCCCCUCGAACGACAACAACGAGGUGAUCACCAAGCAGAACGUGGUCUGUAUAAAGUGCCACAAGGUGCUGACCAACCAUGGUAACACCACCAACUUGCGGGCGCACCUUCAGCACCGACACAAGGAUCUGUUCAAGGAGCUGUGCCAGGAGCACGACAUCCAUGUGCCGCCGCGCAAGACGCCGCGCAACGUGUCCCAUCCGCCACUGUCCAAGCGGAAUGUGUCGUCCCGCCGGGUGAAGCUGGAGUUCAUCAACAACCGCAACCACGACAACGCCUCUGACGAGGAGCUGGACGAGGCCGCCGUGGCCACCGCGGCUAUGCAGGCGGAGGAGGACGCCUCCUCUCAGACCAUGCUGUACGAGACCAUGGUGCCGUUCACCUACGACGAGGCCGACAAUCUGGUCGAGGAGGAGGAGCGUCUGGACAUGGAGCCGAAGUAUGGGCGGAAGCGUAAGGUGGCUAUCCCCUCGGGAGCACUGCACGGACGGGCCAUUAAGCACGAGGAUGGGGGCUAUACCGUGGCCAACAUAGCCAAUCUCGCCGAGGCACUUACGGACAUAAUGAUCAAGGAUCUGCGAAACGUGGAGUUUCUGUACGACGCAGGUUUCAGCGAUUUUGUGCGCCAGGCCAUGGGCAGCUCGGCUCCCAUGCCAGAGCAGCACAAGAUCGACUCCCUGAUCAGCGAGAUGCAUGCCUCCAAGUUUCUGGAGGUCGGCGAAGUCACGCGAGAGUUCACCGCCGAUAAGCCCUUCUCCUUCGCCUUCGAGCACUGGGUGAAUGUGGAGCAGCGGCGCUUUCUCAGCAUCUUCCACCACUAUUUGGACGAGGACACGCAGUCGGUGAGGAGCAUCCUUUACGCCACUGUAGAGUACACCGACUACAUCGUUUUGGACGAUCUUCUGACCGACUUCUAUUUGCCCAACUGCACUCUGGCCAUCAUAAACUACGAUGACGAAGAGGAUUUACUGUACACCUAUCUGCGAGAAAAAAAUAUCCCCAUUGUACUGUGUUACGUUUCGGUCAUUGACAAAUGUUUGCGACGCGUCUUUGAGCUCGAAGAGGUGGCCUCGCUAUUGGAGCAGGUGAAGGAACUCAUGCAGCGCCACUCGUCGGAGAUCGCCUCCAAGGUAUCUGAGCUGCCCCCGUACAACGAGCACUUCCCCUGGACUCUGUACGAGACGCUUAAGUUCUUUGCGGAAUCCAUCUCCUGGUCCGAGGACAUGGACCAGUUGGUGAUCUCGGCCAAGACGGUGACGGAGGCCCUUAGUGCCCUAGUGAUUGCCUUGGACACACUGCGAGGCGAGGAUAUCCCAUUGUGCAGUAUGCUUUCCCCAAUCACCUCUAAGAUUCUCAUCAAGAAGCUGGGCAUUGCCGAACAGGAUGAUCCGCUAAUGAUGAAUGUGAAGCGCACAAUUGCCGGUGUGCUGCAGGCCCACAUCAUUACCAAUGACAAUCUGACCGCUGCUGCGUUGUUGGACCCUCGCUUCCACCGUCUGACCACCAUUGACAACCUGGACAGAUGCGUUCGCAUGCUGACCCAUAAGUAUAACAAGAACUUUGGGGGGUUGGGAGAAGGUGAGACCAAUGAAGUGGCGACCACCUCUAGUAAUGUGGCCAUCAAGUCAGAACCAAGAACGGGAGGAGUCAGUGCAGCGGGCAAGUCGAAACUGGAACUGCUGUUCGACAUUGCCGAUAUCCCUAAUCCUCCAAAGAGGGAUGCCGACAGCACCGUGGAAACGGAUCUUAAGCGGUAUCGCAACGAGGUUGCCGUCCAGCUGGAUGAGUCACCCAUCGAAUGGUGGCUUAAAAUGGGUCACAUCUAUGGAACGCUGCGUGACUUGGCCACACUGUACCAGAGCGUGCCCGGCGUGGUGACCCUCAGCUUCAAAAAGGCGCUUCGAGACCAAAUAUACGACUUUAACAAGCGGUUUAUGCUAACCGGCAGUCAAAUCGACGCGAUCCUCUUCCUUCAACAUCACAACAAUUAGAAUGCAUUCGCCUAUCCCUGUUUUUAUAUAAUACAAUUACAUUUUAAUUACUUUAAACUUAAUCCGAUCUUGUGUACAUGAGCAUGACUACCAGGGGAAAGGCAAAUAGUCUAAACGCAAUUCCGCCGUACUGUAAACCAAAAGACAACCUUGGCCUGACACGGAACAUCUAUAGGUAUAAACUUAUAAAUGUUAAGAGAACAUACAGACAGCAUAGAUCCCAAUGAAAAAUUUAAUCUAAGAAUAUUUGUUAAAUAAAACUAAAACUAAUCAGCAAAA